AUGGCGGUGGGAGCGGUGGGGACGGACCGGGAGUGACCGGAGUGACCAGGAGUGACCGCUGGGUCAGAGGGGAGGAUGGGUGGCCCAGGGCAGCCCCCGGGCCCCUCCCAGCUCCGGAGGACUGUUUGGUAGAAAACUCUCCCAUCAAACGAGUGAAAGCGGAAGAAUUGCAGUAGGAACGCGCUGAAAUUGGGAUGCCCUGACUUGACAAAACCUCAGACCCAACCAAACCCCAGACCCAACCACCGACGCCACAAAUGCGCCUCGGAAACGUGGAAGUUCUCAGCACCCGAGGCCCUGAGCACCCCGCGUGGAGUUCAGGAGGAAUUUUACUCCAAGCAAGACAAUAGACCCGGCAGCCUGGGGAGGACCCUUCCAAUCGGAGUUAUUCCAUGGCUGUAGGAUGAGCUGAAGCACAGCCUGGGCGUUCUCACCCCAACACCAACCAUUCCCCACCCCUCGGGUGUGUCCCCUCCUUCCCGUGCUCCUUCUGUGCCUUCUCCGGCAGUGCCUGACGUUGUAUCUCAGUUUGUGACCGGCUCUGUUGGGAAUUGACCUCAGCUCUCAGCCCUGGAGCUCUGCACUGACAAGCUGUGACAGUAUUUUUUCUAUAUAUAAAAUACAAUAAUCACACUGCAUCUUUACAAGACUUUGUCUCCUCAGGCAGCCAAGAGACUGGGUGUAUGAACCAACAAGCCCCUCUUUGGUUUUUUUAAAUGUUCCCCUGUCCAGCUGCAGCCCCAGGCUUUCCGUACUCCAUGUGGGAUUGCUGCAGGAGUUGCCUGGAGUGAGCAGUGCUGCUCCAGCCUUUAUACCUCAUCUUUAUCCUGGCUGGCAGGAGGGACAGACUCUGCCCUUGGGGACACACACAUAUCCAUAAUGCUCCCUCCAGCCAGGCAUUCUUCCUGCACAUCACACACAGAGAGGGCCCAAACCACUGCCUGGUGACUGAGGAGGCCAAGAUUAUAAUUUGGAAGAAAUAAACUCGAGUAGCAGCAUGCAAGGGACAGAAUUCCAUCCUGCUCCCGGACACCAGGCAAACAGCCAGAGCACUCCCAAAGUCUAGAUGUCUCAGACUCAGGUGUAACCCCUGGGAGCUGCUCUGGGCAUGUUCUUAGGGUUUGGAGAUGUAGUUUCAAUAUUCCAGCACAGGCAGCCCAGGAGGUGGAGCCUGCUGAUCACCCAGGGCUUGAUCCCACAGGAAUUCCUUCCAGCUGCACUUUGCUUUGCCAUUUAGGCUGUAACUGUGAGCACACUUGUUCUGAUGGCACUUCUCUCUAAGUGCUGAUGCAUUAAUUGCUCCAGGUCCUGGCAUCACUUUGGCAUUUUACUGGCUGGACUUCCCACACUCACAGAUCUGUGGUCCAGGAGGAACAUCACAGACAUGAAACUUGGUGGUGUCUCAGCAGUGAAGACAACAAUAGGAAGACAACAAUGGGAUGAAGCUGCUCCAAAGGAUUGUUGUUCCUGAGGAGAAGGAGUCACACGAUCCCUUCACACAUGGAACACUUGGUCAGGUUUAACAGGAGAGCGGCUGCAGCAGCCCGGGAAUGACCAUGGAGAAAAUCCUGAAGGCAGAGCUGAACACCAACAUUCUGAAGGCCGUGGGCAGCUCGGGGGGAGGAUGUAUCAGCCAGGGCCAAACGUAUGAGACAGACAGAGGGCGGGUGUUCGUCAAAAUCAACCACAAACCUCAGGCUAGAACAAUGUUUGAAGGGGAAAUGGCAAGUUUGGAAGCGAUCCAGAAAACCAAGACUGUGAGAGUUCCUCAGCCCAUUAAAGUGAUUGACCUGCCUGGAGGAGGAGCAAUGUUUGCCAUGGAGUACCUGAAGAUGAAGCACCUCAGCAAAUAUUCCUCAAAGCUGGGAGAGCAGAUAGCAGAGCUUCAUCUUUAUAACAGGAAACUUGGAGAGAAGCUGAGGAGUGAGGGAAGCACAAUUGGAAAAGGAGCCGGUCACUCUGAGUCCCAGUACGUGGAUAAGUUUGGAUUCCACACAGCCACCUGCUGUGGUUACAUAGCACAGGUGAAUGAGUGGCAGAGUGACUGGCCAUCCUUCUUCAUCCGCCACCGACUCCAGGCUCAGCUGGAUAUGAUUGAAAGGGAUUAUGGGGACAGAGAAGCCAGAGAACUUUGGUCACAGCUGAAACCAAAGAUUCCUGAAAUGUUCUGUGAUGUGGAAAUUGUCCCCUCUCUCCUGCACGGGGACCUGUGGGCGGGGAAUGUGGCUGAGGACGACUCCGGGCCCAUUAUCUUUGACCCCGCCUCUUUCUACGGCCACUCGGAGUUCGAACUGGCCAUUGCCGGGAUGUUUGGGGGCUUCAGCAGCUCUUUUUUCUCUGCCUAUCACAGCAAGAUACCCAAAGCUCCAGGAUUUGACAAACGAAACAAGCUGUAUCAGCUCUUUAAUUACAUAAACCACUGGAACCAUUUCGGGACGGGGUACAGGGGCUCUACCCUAAACAUGAUGAGAAAACUCCUGAAGUAACCAGGUAGGUUUGAGAAAUUCCAACGUAUUCUCUUAGGAAUGGGCAGCCCCUGCUCAUCCAAAGUACCACAAACUCGGAAUUGGUGGUGAAACACCUGACAUGGAAUAGGCUUAAUGCACUUCUGAGCCUCACUAAUUAA